ACGUGAAGCCGCACGGCACCGGAGAGGGGACGGCGGGAGCUGCGAGGGUAACCGCCCACUGACCGACGACCGAUCAGCGACUGACUGGCUGGCAUACUUGACACACACGCACACAACCACCGACCGACCGACCGACCAACCAACCGGCACACCUCACACACACACACACUCCCCCCGACCGACGCGCCGGGAGCGAUGAAGGCCGCCCGGAUCGCCCUGCGUACCGCCGCCCCCCUGGCCGGGGCCAGCGGCGGCAGUAUCAGCCGUCACGGCCGUUUGCCACGGGAGGUGGAAGAGUUUUCCCGCUUCUCCCCGUCUCCACUCUCCAUCAAGCAGUUGCUGGACUUCGGCUCAACUAAUGGAUGUGAGAGAACUUCGUUUGCCUUUUUGCGACAAGAGCUUCCUGUGCGAUUUGCAAACAUACUGAGAGAAAUCGAGCUUCUUCCUGAUAAAUUACUAGGCACUCCAUCAGUACAAUUAGUGAAAAGCUGGUACAUCCAAAGCCUAAUGGAGCUGGUUGAGUUCUGUCAGAAAAGCCCAGAUGACCAAAAAGUCUUAUCUGACUUUAUAGAUACGUUAAUUAGAGUCCGAAACAGACAUCAUGAUGUGGUUCCUACAAUGGCACAAGGAGUGAUUGAAUACAAAGACACUUUCAAAGUAGAUCCUGUCACCAAUCAAAACAUCCAGUAUUUUUUGGACCGUUUUUACCUGAGUCGUAUUUCCACCCGGAUGCUAAUGAACCAACACACCCUUCUUUUUGAUGAUAAAUCUGGCUCUGGGCACCCGAGGCAUAUUGGAAGCAUUGAUCCUUGCUGUGAUGUUGCUGAGGUGGUGAAUGAUGCUUUUACAAGUUCCAAGAUGUUGUGUGACCAGUAUUAUUUAACGUCUCCAGAACUGAAACUUACUCAAGUGAAUGGAAAACGUCCAGGAGAGCCAAUUAACAUUGUAUAUGUUCCGUCUCAUCUUUAUCACAUGCUUUUUGAGCUCUUUAAGAAUUCAAUGAGGGCAACUGUUGAAUACCAAGAAAACAGUCCUUCCCUUUCUCCAGUUGAAGUGACAGUUGUUCUUGGAAAAGAAGACCUGUCAAUUAAGAUCUCAGACAGAGGAGGUGGUGUUCCUGUAAGGAAGAUUGAACGGCUGUUUAGCUACAUGUAUUCCACAGCACCCAGGCCAAGGAUGGAUGAUGGUCGAAAUACCCCUCUUGCUGGCUUUGGAUAUGGCUUGCCAAUUUCUCGUCUAUAUGCUAAAUACUUUCAAGGAGAUCUAAAUCUCUACUCCAUAUGUGGUUAUGGAACAGAUGCUAUUAUCUACUUGAAGGCCUUAUCAACAGAUUCAGUAGAGAAGCUGCCAGUUUUUAACAGAUCCGCUUCCAAGCAUUACCAGGCUACUUCAGAAGCAGAUGACUGGUGUGUCCCAAGUAAAGACCCAAAGAAUGUAUCAAAGCAGACUGCAGCUGUCUGAAGAGAAGUUGGUAUCCAGGCACCCAAGGGGAUCAAGUUGGCUUCUCAAAGAACUAGUGUUUGGAAGUAUUUAUGUACCUUCAAACAAACAACUUCUUCAGUUUCAGGACUGGCAGAAGAGAAAGAAGAUAAGGAUGUUGUAGCCUAGGCUGUGUGCACUGAAUGUGAAAUCUUGCUGCGGACCUCCGGAUAGGGAAAAUAGGAACACAUAUGUCUUUAAAGAAGUGAUGUGUAUAUAGGAAAAUCUAAACUAUUUUUUUGUUGUAAUCAAAGACUUGAUGUGGUAGAGGUGUGCAAUUUUUGAGUCUUGUUUAAUGCUUGAAUUCUCAAUACUGACAACAUUGGUUAUGCUGGUGUAUAUCUUUCUCCUAGAAUAGUUAUCAGUGGUUCAUUUUAUUACAGAACUUCUCAGGUAGAUAAAUAACACCUAUACUUUAAAGCUGUAUUUAACAUUUGGAAAAGAUCCACUUGACAUGGCAGACUUGUAGCAAGGUACAAACAGCAUUCAAAUAGAGCCUGACUGGAAGGGAAGGAGCCCUGGGAGAUAGGGAGAGAAUGUUUUCUAUAUGUAAGGAAGUCCUGUUUUAAAAAAUUAUAUUCCAGUAACAAUUCUUAUGUGAUACUUUGCUCUGUGACUUACACUGCUAGAUCUCUAAAAAAUGUUAAGCUGUUCAUGGAAAACUAGAUAAGUAAGACUCUUAUGCACUCCUGCACUCCAGAAAGCAUGUGACAAGUAGAUUGGUUAGGAUUUUCGGAGAACUGGUGUCAGACACACAAGUUGAAGGGAGAAGUUGUGGUUGUUGUAUUGUGUAAACAUGACAUUUAAAACAUAGCCUUGUGGCUUCUUUUUGUCAUGCUGUUAGAUAAUUAGUGGCUCAGUACACUAAGCCAAAAUCUGCCUGUCAUCUUUGUCAAAUUUGUAUUGGACCACACAAGCCUGAGGUGCAUGGGGCUUCCUACACCCUGAGCUGUGAUGAGCACUGAAAGUCUGUUUGAAGGGUUUUCAGGAAGAGUGGUGUUGGAACUAGAAUUUUUUUCUAAGAAAGGAAAGGGUUUUUAAUGAAAAGAUUUUGGAAAUGAGAUGUUUCAAAAGCAGCACUGAAAACUGUAGAAUAACUUUUAUGAACAGCAAAAUAAUGGGGAACAGUCCCAGGAACAGUACUAGUGGAACAGCACCAUUGGGAAAAUGUUCCAUUCUCUAUAAGCUUUUUCCUUUCUCAUCUUCUUUGUGCAUUUUUCCCCUUGUAAGCAAGGUAAACUUAAUGACAGAAUAGAAUUUAAACUAUUGGACAUUGCUAAACUGGCCAGUCAAAUUUCAUCAGAGCUAUAUAAUAUUACUUGAAUUUUUUUACUAAUAUAUUACCUGAAAUGUGGAUGAUCCUUUGCAAGAAGUUCCAAGUGCAGUACUUAAAGCAUCCUGCUCAGCUGUGUGAUGGUUUUCUAACAUAGAUUUGUAUUGAUUGGACAGAAAACCACUCCACACUCUAUGGUGGAUGUCAAAUAUUUUUUUAAUGGGAAUAGGAGAAAGCUGAAACUAUGUUAUAGAAGUGCUAUUGGGAUAGAUUUGUCAGUCAAAAAAAAGUAUUCUGAUAUGCUUUAUUUUCUUAAUAAACUAAAUUUAGAAGUAAUGGUGAUAACUACUGAGCAUAAUGACUCUGGUAUUGCCUCAGGGCUGUUUUCAUCCCAGAGAACAAGCUGCAGUCACCAAAAGUCACCAGAUCAUAUAUCUGAGCUCAGCUCGGGGAAUGAAAUGGGAAGUAAAAAUUAGAUAUCUUUGUCUGGAAUAUACAGAUGUGAAAAAGCUGCCUUCACUGCCAUUUUACUUGAGUAUAUUGUUGAUUUUAUUUUUUUUUUGUAUUGAAUACAAAGUCACAGAACCAUACCUAGUUAGUCAUUGUUGUUCAGUAAACACAAAUGAUACCUCUGUCUGCACCCGGUAAUACUUGAAUAUGACUCUGAUCUCAUGGUAUACUGUGCUGCAGCUCCUCCAGGCAGGAGCUAAAACUUCUAUCUCAAAGCAGCUGAAGCAUGUGGGUGAUGUGAACACAUCUGUAACUGCUUGCAGAGAGAAGAUGCAGGACACCUUCACGAUGUAGACAGAGGUGUAUGUAUAGCAUGUGGAACCCAUGUGGAAUCUCUGUAGUAUUAAAAAUUACUUAAGGGCUAUCUACCUAGAUACUACACUACCUUUUUCAGAAUUUACUGUAUUUUUAUUCCUGAAAGUAGAGCUGUAGUUUUAAACCUUCUUCUUGGAUGUAGAUAUUGAAAUAUAUCAUUUUGUAAUAAAAUCUUCUAAACAAUUGUC